UGUGGUAUUAGUAAUUUUUGCGGGAAUACGUUGAAUGGAUGUUCAAUGUAUAUUUUGCAAAAGUUUUUUAAAGAUAUUUUCACGAAAUUAUAUAACGUUUAUUUUAAUUUUUAAAUUGUUUCUUAAAGUGUAAAUACUAAUAUUUUUCUUCGUAUACGAUCAUGGCUGUUCAACCAAAUCAACAAUUUAAUAUGGAUCCAGCAGGUCAACAGAGCUUUGUUAGAUUUUUUAAAAAUCUACCCGAAAAACUUAAUACUACCAUACGAUUUUUCAAUAGAUCAGAUUAUUAUACACUACAUGGUAGUGAUGCUUUAUUUGCUGCACAAGAAGUUUUUAAAACUACAUCAGUCUGUAAGAUGAUAGGAGCUGAUCCAUAUAAAACUGAAGGUGUUAUUCUUAAUAAAAAUCAUUUUGAGUCUUUUAUACGGGAUUUAUUGUUGGUAAAGCAAUACCGAAUAGAAGUAUAUAUUAAUCAAGGCUCAGCAAAAAACCAAAAUUGGGUAUUAGAGUAUAAAGGUUCUCCUGGUAAUUUAACACAAUUUGAAGAUGUGUUGUUUGAUAAUAAUGAUGUUGUUGUUAGUGUACGUGUCAUAGCUGUAAAAUUAGGAAUGGAGGGGAAAUCUAGAAUUGUUGGUUUAAGCUGUGUAGAUACCACAGCAACUUCGUUUUCUGUUUGUGAAUUUCAAGAUAAUGAAUCAUUUUCCAAUUUAGAAUCAUUGGUUGUUACUCUUGCUCCUAAAGAAUGUUUAUUAAUUCAAGGUGAAGGCAGUUCUGAAUUUCAAGCCCUUAAACAAGUCAUGGAACGAAAUAAUGUAAUGGUCACUACAAGAAAAAAAAGUGAAUUCUCUAGUGAAUCAGUUAUACAAGAUUUAAACACUUUAAUAAAAUUCAAGAAAGGUCAACAGCAAAAUGUACAGUCUUUACCUGAAGCCAAUUUAAGUUUUGCUAUGUCAGCUAUUUCCGCACUUAUUAAAUAUUUAGAUUUAACAUCAGAUGAAGGAAACUUAAAUGAAUUUACUAUAGAUCAAAUAAAGGAGUCACGUUACUUAAAACUAGAUUCAGCUGCUAUAAAAGCACUCAAUAUUGAACCGCGUGCCGAUACUUCUUCUACUUUAAAUGGAAAUGCACCUACAAGUAUUUUGGGUCUUUUGGAUAAAUGCAGGACUCCACAAGGUCAUAGACUUCUUGCACAAUGGGUUAGACAACCUUUGAAAGACCUAUCUCUUAUAAAAGAAAGACAUGAUAUUGUUGAAGCAUUGGUAAAUGACAACGAAUUACGAUCUAAUCUUAGCGAAGAUCAUUUAAGACGUAUACCGGAUUUACAAAUGCUUGCAAAAAAAUUGGCCAGAAAAAAAGCAACUUUACAAGACCUCUAUAAGAUUUACAUGUGUGUAUCAUGUUUGCCUGCACUUUUAGAACAGUUUUCUAAUGUCAAUGUAAUAGCUUUAAAAACGAUGUUCAGUGAUCCUUUGAGCGAACUUAUUAAAGACAUGGACAAAUUUCAACAAAUGAUCGAACAAACAAUUGAUUUAGAUUCCGCCGGGAAAGGAGAUUUCUUAGUACGAGCCGAAUUUGACGAUGAAUUAAAAGAAUUAAAGAAUAUUAUGAAUGAAAUGGAGACAAAAUUACAAUCCCAAUUGGCUAAAGUUGCCAAUGAUCUUUCAAUUGAGGCUGGAAAAUCAUUAAAACUAGAAUCGAAUCAACAGUUUGGAUAUUAUUUCCGUGUAACAUUGAAGGAAGAAAAAGUGCUUAGAAAUAAAAAACAGUAUAUUAUUUUGGAUUCCAAUAAAAGUGGUGUACGUUUCCGAAGCAAUAAAUUAAAUGAUUUAAAUGAUAAUUACCUUAGUGCCAGAGAUAAGUAUACAAUUGAACAGAAGAAGGUUGUUACAGAGAUAAUUGAAAUUGCAGCUGGUUACAGUGGUACAAUAAAAGCUACUGGCAAUGUAUUAGCAUCUCUUGAUGUCCUGACUGCCUUUGCUUCUGCUGCUAUAAGUGCUAAUAAACCGUAUGUUCGUCCUGAAAUGCUGCCUAGCGAAAUGGGUGAAUUUAAUCUUACCCAAGUUCGACACCCAUGUUUGGAAAUUCAAGAAGGAGUGGAUUAUAUAGCUAAUGAUAUUAGUUUUAAAAGAGGUGAAUGUCAUUUUUGCAUCAUAACUGGUCCAAACAUGGGAGGUAAAAGUACCUAUAUAAGGUCUGCCGGUGUUAGUGCCUUAAUGGCACAUAUUGGAAGCUUUGUUCCUUGUGAUCAAGCAAAAAUAUCACUAUUGGAUUGUAUAUUAGCCCGUGUAGGAGCUGAUGAUUCUCAAUUGAAAGGUCUUUCUACAUUUAUGAUGGAAAUGAUAGAAACUGCUGCUAUAUUAAAGACAGCAACAUGUAAUUCUCUCGUGUUAAUUGACGAAUUAGGCAGAGGAACUUCUACUUAUGAAGGUUGCGGUAUAGCAUGGUCAAUCGCCGAAUAUUUAGCAAAAGAAAUCAAAUGUUAUUGCCUUUUUGCAACACAUUUUCACGAAAUAACUAAAUUAGAAGAAGAGAUACCUGCUGUUAAAAAUCAACAUGUUACAGCCCUUGUAGACGAUGACAAAUUAACUUUGUUAUACAAAGUGAAGCCAGGUAUAUGUGAUCAAAGUUUUGGCAUACAUGUUGCUAAAAUGGCUAAUUUCCCACAAGAUGUUAUAGAGUUCGCUAAGCGUAAACAAGCAGAGCUUGAAGAUUACCAAGAUUCAGUUUUUGAAGGUUCUGAUAAUCCGCAAAAGAAGAAAGAUAUUAUAAAGGAAGCCGAAAUUCUUAUUGCAGAAUUUAUUAACAAAUGCAAGAAUUUAGAUAAAUCAUUAUCUGACGUGGAACUGGAAGAUAAAAUUUCAAUAUUUAAAACUGAAGUUCUAUCUCAUGAAAAUCCCUACAUCAAAACACUUUUAGCAUCUCCUUAACUUAAAAUAGAAAGAAAAUACUUAACAAAACUACCAGCCAGUAUUAAUUAUACAAGUAUAAUUUAUUUAAGUAAAAAAUAUAUUAUUGCCAUACAAAUUUUGUUUUGAGUUAAUAU